GAAAGAUAUAUUAUUUCCAUAAUCGAUUCAACGUGCAGACUUAGCCUAUACAGACAUCCAUUCUCGAAAGAAGCCGAGCUCGCGACUACGAGCCUACAGCCAAGCACCAACCGCGACUUUGCCAGGCUACCCUUUGGUCACGUGGAACGGCUCCCUUCGUAUGAAACAAUUUCUUGAGCAGGAACUCUGGUGUGUGGAGAUCUAGAGGCGAUGGCACCUCGUCUCUGGAUUAUGAACAUCAACCCUUUGCACCGCCAGCGAGUCAAGGGUCGUGAGAUCGUCCUCACGGAAGAACCACGACUGCAUCUAGUCUGGAUCCACGAUCGCAUCUUCGCCAAACCUCUACCACGGUAUUUGCUGUCGCAGACAUUCUGGAAAAUGUUUCUAGAAGAAGGCACAAACUGAGGGGCCUUUAGCCAGAGCAACCUCUGCAAGGCUGCAACUGGCUUCCUGCGGACGUAUCGCAACUUAUGUCGCACGUGUCUCACGCGAUACCAUACCCAUGUACUGCACUAUUCACUCAUUAGGACUAGCUCCUUUCUCGUACAGUAUAUAGUCAGCCCAGAGCUCUCUCGAGCUCCUUAGACCUUAC